AUGUCCUCAAUCUACGCAAACUUAUUACCGGUCAGCGGUAAGUGGAAACAAGAAAUCACAAACUAUUUAUCUGAAGAUGUUCCCUCCUUCGAUUUUGGUGGGUUCGUAGUUGGUGAUAAACCAGAAACCGGUUCUCUCUACCUCAAACAAACCGGACUUAUCUGUGGUACACCAUUUGCUGCAGAAGUGUUCAAACAAUGCAAUCUUGAAGUUGAAUGGUAUUAUAAUGAAGGAGACUACAUUACGGAAGAUCAACUUGCCGAAAGUGGUGGUAAAAUUGUCGUUGCAACUGUCAAAGGUGCCGCAAGCAAUAUUUUAUUGGCCGAACGUACAGCAUUAAACCUUUUGGCUAGAGCAAGUGGAAUCGCUACUCAGUCUUACAAAACUAAGAAAUUGGCCGAUGAGAGUGGAUAUACUGGUUUAAUUGCCGGGACAAGAAAGACUACUCCUGGUUUAAGAUAUGUUGAGAAAUAUGCUAUGUUGGUUGGAGGGGUAGAUACUCAUAGAUAUGACUUGAGUUCGAUGGUCAUGUUAAAAGAUAAUCAUAUUACUUCUACUGGUAGUAUUACUAAUGCUGUGACUAAAGCUCGUUCCGUAUGUGGUUUUGCGGUGAAGGUUGAAGUUGAGGUUAGUUCUGAAAAGGAUGCUAGAGAAGCCAUUGAUUCGGGGGCUGAUGUUAUUAUGUUGGACAAUUUCACUGGUGAUGAAUUAAGAAAAGUGGCUCGAAGUUUAAAAAAUCAUUAUAAAGGAACUGGAAAAGCUUUCUUAUUGGAGUGUUCAGGGGGAUUAACUUUACAAAAUUUAUCCAAUUAUUUAUGUAAUGAAAUUGAUAUCUAUUCAACUUCAUCUAUCCAUCAAGGUACUGGAAUUAUAGACUUUUCCUUAAAGAUUAACUCUAUGUAA